AUGACCGGUCCGGACAUGCAAGACAGAACCGGGACAUGCGAGCACCGCUCAGGCACCAAGCACCGUAAAGCGGAGAAGAGUUCACAGACACGGACGAACAGUUUAACAUACGCACACGCAAAGGCCCACACACAGAGCUCUGCAUACACACGCACACAAGUCUUUGGCACACAAGCGGAGGCACCAGCGGCUGUUGUGAGAGAUACGAACGCACUACCGGACUGCCCAUUCACACUAACUGAGUUACUGACAGCGCAUGUUGAACAAGUGCAGGUGACGAAAUUCAUCCAUGCAGUGAUCAGUCGAGUGGUUCCUGAGCAGUUCUACGGAUCUCGACACAACAAACGACUCAUCUUUGACGGCAUUGGACAGUUCUGUCGGCUGCGGCGGUUUGAGACUGUGGCUGUCCACAAUGUACUACACGAUUCAAGACAUGCGCUGGAUGUGCAGUCCCAAUAUGACAGGUUCAGGUUCCAUCAGGACUUAUGGUACGAACCCUGCGAAGGGCCACGAAGGUAUGAGACGCUCGAAUACACACGGUACAGAAGACCUUCCACAGGGGAGGGACAGAAUCGUCCCAAAACACAGAGCCAUGAGACACGGAGAAGGAUGGUGGGUCAGUUCCUGGUGUUUCUCUACGAAUGUCUGGUCAUCCCACUCAUUCAGACGCACUUCUACGUCACGGAGACGAGCACUGGCAGACAACGGGCACACUUCUAUCGGAAGAACGUGUGGCAACUCAUCCACACACACGGGCUACGAGCCAUGAACAACAUGCUCCAGCCAAUUGCAGCG